AUGGAAUUUUCAUGUUACGAUUGUCAACAAGUCUUUCCGAUCAAUCAAUUGUCUGUUUGCAAGAGAAAUAAGGAUGAGAAGAGAAUGGAAAAAUUACUCAAGUUGCUUGUUUGCGAGAAAUGUGCGGAGAAACACGAAGAAAUCUGUGAGGAAAGCAUUCAUCCAAAGAAUGCACGAAGACUCAUUGUGAAUGCGACGAGCAAUUCAAUAGAUGAUUUUUUUGGAAACAUUUAUCAA